ACUCUCUCACCUCACCGCGUUCCCUUCAUUAGCGCGCGCUCUCGGUGCGUGCGGAGAAUCGUGAAGGGACGCGUAAACCGCACGCGCUGGUUUCCAGGUCAACCCAUUUCGAACGUGACAGUGGUGGCGCGGGCGCGCUCCUGCUUAAAUUUUCCAUUCCAUGCGUACAGAACUGACGCGCGUCUUUGGAGCUCAUGAGAAAAUGCUGACGCGUGCACGGUGCAUUGUGUGGACGUGUUUGACGUGCGGCUUGCGACAGUGAUCUUCUGAUGGAUAUUUAUUACUCUUAAAGACUUUUAUAGACGCGAAUAUCAAACUCGUAUACCUCGACUUUUCCGAAGAGCGUUAUUGAAAGGCAGGAGCUCGGGUUGGAGGUUCGGUGUAAUUUCUGUCAUUCAGUCUGUCACCAUAAAUGUAUACCUAACAACCCCAGAUGAAUUCGGGAACGAAGACGCAUUAAUUUGACGAGCAGGUAUGUUGUAAUCUCUAUGAUACUUUUUCAUGUAUAUUUUAACACCCCAUGUUAAUUACAGAAAAUGAACAUUCACCCAGAGCAAACUCAUCUUCAAAUUACGCCCGAGAACACUUGUACCCACAUUUGGAUAAACUGAAGUUUUGCGCACGCACGGUGAUGCCGCCGGAGGUCACCGCCACCCGAAGUGACAAGCUUGCGUCCAAAGACAUGUUAUGUAACACCACAGCCAUCAAAGACUGGAGUUAUUUUCUUUCCCAAAUCUUGCCCCUUAUGAAUAAAUCCGCAGGAUUUGUCAAUCGAAGCAUGGAUCGGGUGGAGGCGAUGACGAGCACCAUGGUGACGGCUCUGGAGCCCGACUUGCGCGGCAUGAGCGCCAGUCACCCGCCGCUUGACUCCAAUCACACGUCUGGGCUGGAGCACAUCUUCCAGUACUCAUAUUCGGAGAGUGACGAGCAGUAUACCGACUACAGGACACCGGCAAGGGGCUCAAUUCAGCUGCCUAAAGCGGUCCUGUACUUGGUCAUGGCCGCGCUGGUGGUGGUGGCCGUGGCUUACGCGAUCGUGGGUCACCUGGUGAAGGAUCUCGUGCAUGAAUUUGUAGAGUGGAUGUUUGGGCCUCGAUCUAAUGACAGACGGAGUAAGAGUGAAGUAAACUGCAUUAGCAUGAAUGAACUGCCUCAUACAAUGGACACACACUGCAUCAGAUACAAUCACUCAGACGCCUCGGGCAUCUUAAAGCCUGGAGAUCUGGUGGUCACCAUUGAUGAGACCUCACAACUACACCAUGAAGGUUACAGCGGAACCUAAUUAAAGAAAAGUCUAAUUUGAUUUGUCGAUUAUAAUGAGCAGGUUUGCUUCAGGUUGAUCAGCGUCUUUGACGUUAAGAGGCGUCACGGUGAAGCUGUGUGACUUUUUUGUGGAAGGUUUAUUCUGGGAUGAAGGAACAGAAAGAACAUGGCAUCAAACCAUUCACAAAUAACUUAUAUGACACAUCUGUGAACUUUUUAUUGGAGUGUUGCAAGAGAUUGGAUAUUUCCAGUAUAUGGAUGUGCACCUGAAACCAGAAAGAAACUUUUGUUUAUCAAUCACAUCAGUCUUAUCAAAUAAUAUUUGUUUUGUGGAGACAUGCACUGUGAAUUUACUGUAGGAUAGAUUUCUGCUGUUCCUCCUUGCCUUUUGGCAGAUCAGUUUCAGUUUUCUAAGCCAAUUCAUAGUAUUUGCAGUUAUUAGAUCAUUUAGGUUUCUGCGAUCAGCUGAAAAACAUAAAUACUAAUGGACUUCUGGCGAAAGGAUCCUUGAAAUGUCAGGAAUAAUAAAGAUCACUUACUGAUCCUUAGACCUGAAAAAACCUGUAGAUAAUCCACAGUGGCAAAGUGAUGAAAACACAAAAGCUUGUCAUCUAAAAUGAUGUUUGUAAUACAGUACUACACACUAUUCACUCAAAAUAUAUAUAAACAAAACAUAAACUUAAAAACACUUAUAAAUGAUAUUUAUGUUAUGUGUUGACAGAUGAUCUGAAAUGAUUCAUACCUCUGUUUACUUCACAACCAAGGGCUAUACGUUCAGGUUUUAUAGUGUAUUGUUUCUUCUGUGCAGUGGUUAUAAAAUAUCACAUUUGUAAAGCAUUAAAAUCAAUAUGUGCAAAAAAUGGAUAUUGAAGAUUUUGUCUGGUUUGAUCCUUUCAAUUGUUUCCAUCUGGAAAAGGUAUAAAAACAGUUAUAUAAGUCUAUAUGAUAUUAGCUCAAUACCUGUGAAAUGAAACUGAGACCUCAGGCUAUAGAAGUAAAACUAGGUACAGUUUUUGCUCUUUUCACUUUCCCUUAUUUCUUUUGUGUGUUUUCUUUAAUAAAUACGAUGUAUUGUAUGUUUUUUUUACCUCUGUUGCCUAAUUGUAAUGGUAUGGCGCAUAUACAAAACAUAAUGCAAAAAAGUGUUGUAAUCCUUGUGUCUGGUUAAGUCAUGCACUGUCAUCUAACAAUAUUUCAUAAUAAUAAUAAUAAUAAUUUCACAAAAGGUCACUUUAAUAAAUGUGUGACGUACUGUUUAUCUAAAUGAACUUGCUUAAACUUGUAAUGAUUAUUAUUAUUAUUUUAUUAUUCCUUUUUUAAUACCAAAAUUUAAACAUAAUAUCAGCAUAAAAAUGCUCUAUUACAAGUUAGACACUGAGUAUGAUUUUUUUUUAAACCAUGUAGUACUUUGCAAAUUGGUUCGUAUUUUUGUAUAACACAUAACACCUAAAUAUAUUUUAAAUAUAUUCCUCUUUAAACAAUCACAACGCAUUGAAUAAAUAAACAAUAAAAUACU